AACAAUCUUGCCUAGCACGAAAGGCACAAAAACUUGCGAGCGAGAGCGAAGCAGCAACCGACAACGAGUGAGCGAGAAGCAAGUCAAGCCAAGCAAGGGAAAUUCAGAGAGACCCAGCCCAGCCGUCAAGGCACAGCAUCUUCUUGGCCGUGUCGCGUGCAUCACGGGUGUGACACCAGCCUCACCUGUCCCUUGUCCUUCUGCUUGGGUGAUUGUUUGUGUCGGUACCCGCGUUGAUUGGCUGGUGCUCCGCAACUACAACCACCACGAGCUAGCAGCGCGAGCAGCAGCUACAGCUACAGCAGUAGUAAGAAGCAGCAGCAAUAAGAAGCAGGGGCAACCAACACCCUCCAUCACCAAACCGUUGACGACAUCAUUGGUCUGCGUGGCUGGGCGUGAUGUUUCGCCGUAAGAACAAGAAGAAGAGCAGCGGCACCAAAUCCCCGCUGGGCCCUGCACCAACAUCAUCAAGCCCCUCCACCAUGUCGCUUCCCUCCCAGAGACGCGCUCAGAAGAAGACCAGCAAGAGCGCCAUUGAGCUCUACGUGUACCAUCUCGACAAUGAGGAGUACAAGUUUGAGCUCUCCAAGCACGCGACCGGCACAGACCUCCUCAAGCUCUUCCUCAAGCGAAUUGGGGCCUUGGAUGAGGUGGACUAUUUUGGAUUCUACUUUCCAUACACGGAUCCCAUCGUCUGGCUGACAGAGGAGCAGAUCAAGAAGCAAGCAGACAUCAAGAAGCCGGUUGUGUUGGAGUUUGGCGUUAAAUUCUUCCCCUCCAAUCCGCGCAAAGUUGUCAGCGAGCACACGCGCUUCCUCAUCUUCCUCCAGCUCAAAGAGGACCUGGCGAUUGGGCGCUUUGUGUGCCCAGCACCAGACGCCAUCCGCCUCUGCGCCCUCGCUGUUCAGAUUGAGCUCGGCGACUAUGAUGCGGAGAAGCACCCUGCCGGGUACCUGUCGGACAUGCUGCUGCUGCCGGAUCAGACGGUCGAUGUUGAGGCAGAGAUUGCCCGCUGGCACCGCGCCCUCGACCGCAUGACGUUCUCCGAGGCGGUGCAGGCGUACCUGAGCCUUGCGUCGCGGCAGCACUUGUACGGCGUUGAUCUGCACCCGGCCAACCUCUCCCCAGACGACCCGUGCUUUGUUGGCAUUUCCGCACAGGGCAUUCGCCUCUACAACGCACACCUCGGCGGGAUCCAAGAGUACAAGUGGUCGACCAUUCAGGAGCUGAGCUUCAACAACAAGCGUGUUCGCAUUGUUGCAAAGAUGAUUGGUUCGCCAGGCAGGUACCGUACGACGGACCUGUUCUGCACCACGAAGAAGCAUGCGCGCGCGCUGUGGAGCUCUGCUGUGCAGCGGCACACGUUCUUCCGCCGGCGCAAGCAGCCGCGGGUGACACAGGCCGCCUCCAUUAAGAAGCUUGUUGGCCUGCAGCGCGAAGACCCGCUCGCACGCGCACACAUCAGCCGAUCUGGCAAGACGGAGACGGAGACUGAGGAACAGGCGCGGGAGUCAGCGCGAUCACGUGGCGGGGAUACGGUGUUCCCGCGACCGCCGCCAGCGAGGAGGAGCGUACAGCGCAAGCGCCUUGGCUCAAGCACAUGGCGAUCAUCCGAGGACGAAGCAGAGACCGAGCAAGCCGGCCCACAGCAGGCUGCAGCGGAUCGCCGUUCUCGCCUGGAGGAAAUUGCCGGCGCCGCAUCGCAGCUCGAUGUGGAGGACCAGGAAGGACAGCCGCAGCAACAGCAGCAAGUCGUGGCGGACGGCGUGUCCGGUUCUCCGGAGAUUGAUCGCCGCACACUGCGGUCGCAGGGCUCCAUCAAGGACCAGUCGAGUCGCCUUGCUGCAAAGCUUGGCAUGACGCCGCCCACCUCGCCACGCGCAACACUUCCAGAGACACGCGAGGAGGACGAGAGCGAGGCGAACGACAAGGCUGCUGUGAGAGCAGCAGCAGCUUCAGCAGCGGAACAACGCACGGAACAAGAGGGAACGUCACCAACGCCCGCCACGGGUGCAGCUGUUGUUGUGCUUGAGGAUGCUGAUGCGAUUGGGCCGGGCAACGAGUCUGUUGUUGACUCGAAGGACGCCACCAUUGAUGUCAGCGCAUCCGCAGCCGCCGCCCGCGAGGAGGACAGGACAUUUGUCAAGGCACGCACGUCAUGGUCACACAUUGGCGGUCCCAGCGACCAGUACAUCACCAUCAAGCCUGGAUGCGUGUAUGAGCUGCUUGCGGCCGAGGACGACACAUGGCUGCUCGUGCAAGAGGUUGGCACGACGCGCACGGGUAAAGCACCGCGCCUCAUCUACUCUGACGACCACCGCCCGGCGUCCGGCAUCAAGCAGACCUCGUCUGCCCUCGCCGUGCCCACCGCACAGGAAGGCAUGAGCCGGGCGUCGAUGCGCGGUAUGAAGCGGUCUGGCAAAGUCGUGCUGGAGCAGAUGGCCCCCGGCAGUGGCAUGAUUUCCCUCUUCCACACCGUCAAGCCAAAGGCCAUCCCCAAAGACGGCGUGCUGGUGUGCAUCUUUGGCCCCGGCGCGGAGACCAUUACCGAUGCGCUGCUGGCGUCGCACGAGGAGCUGUUUUCGUCGUGCGUGCCCAGCACCACGCGUGCGCCGCGCGCAAACGAGCGCGACGGCGUUGACUACAACUUCAUCUCCCGUGACCAGUUGCGUGCAGACGUGACGCAAGGGCGGUUUGUGGAGGUUGUGCGCUUCAACGACGUGCUGUACGGCACCAGCGUCGCCUCUGUCCAGGACGCCCUCAAGCAGCACAACGAGCGCUUCUGCCUCAUCGACGUCAACGACCCGCAGUCCCUCCGCCGUCUGCACACUGUGGGCAUCACUCCACUGUCCAUCUUCCUUGACCCGGUCGACCCAAGUGUUGUUGCAAAGCAGAACCCCGACAUGGGUGCAGACGCAACAGCUGUGCAUAUGCUCGUCGCGAACAAGUUGCGCGAGGAGUGCAUGCUCGACUUUACACAUGUGCUGGCCAACAAGGGCACGGUGGACGAGAUGGCCAGGGCAGUGUACGACCUCCUCCAGCGCGCCACGGCCAGCACGUGCUGGCUCCCGGAUCCGGUUCUCCCGGCACCACCCAUCACCGUCGAUGCCGAGGUCGGCGAAGCAGCCACCACGACCACAGCUACCGCCGCAGCAACAGGGGCAGCACCACAGCAACAACAGCAGCAGCAACAGCAGGUGUCUGAAGCCGCGUCAUCGUCGGCAGGAACGACGACGGCAGCAGUAGCGGCGGCGGCGGCGGCGGGGCGCAUCAGCCCCGUUGGCGCGACGGCGACACUGCAGCCGGAGGACGUGGAUGUGGACAACGUGUGGGGGUAUGAGGUCAUCUCCUUCCCCAAGAUGGACGGCAAGCUCGGCUUCAGCUUCACCAGCGCAGACAUGAUGCAGGGCCAGCGUUCGCGCGUUCUUGUGACGCGGAUUGUGAGUGGCGGCUCUGCGGAUCGCGACGGCCGUCUUCAGUGCGGCGACAACGUCCUCGAAGUCAACGAUGAGUCGUGCGUUGAUGCUUCCCAGACUGAGGCAACCAACAUGUUCCGCAACACUGGCAACAGCGUCGCACUCAAGGUGUGCCGGCGGUGCUACCACGUGGUGCUGCCGUCGACCAACGGACGCUACGGGCUCGGCAUCAAGGGCGGCGCAGACUCCAACCACCCGAUUAUCGUGUCGCGCAUCCAGCCGGGGUCCUCUGCUGCCAAGUGCGAGCAGAUUACGAUUGGGCACGAGAUUAUGUACAUCAACCGCAUCAACGUGCAGGCGGCGACGCACGACCAGGUGUUGAAGAUCAUUCAGUCGUCGCCACAGCAGCUUGAUCUCAUCAUCCACCCGCGCCGGCGCCGCGUUCGCCGCACGCCCGUCUCCACCAGCAGCCAGCCGCAACAACAGCAGCAGCAGCAGGCCGCAGUUACAGCGGCGGCAGCCAAGGCGGAGCAGCAGCAGCAGCAGGAGAGGCAGGAUGAAGAGCAGCGGGAGAAGCUUGAGGAUGCGGCUGUCGCAGCGGCGCUUGAGGACCGCACACGUUCGCCCGAGGAGAGAGUGCGUGGCGGCGUCAGCGGCGUGAACGGCAUUCAGGCAGCGCCCCACAACGCCGCACCUGCCCGUGUUGCAGCAGAGGAGAAGCAGGAACAGGAGGAAGAAGCGAGGAAACCAGAGCAACAGCAAGAGCAAGAGGAGCAGGAGGAGCAGGAGGAGCAGGAGGAGGAACCCACGGCAGCGGAGAUGACGACGGGCACAAUUGAGGUGCGCAUGGAGGAGAUCCACGCCCGUGUGGUGUUCUCGCCCGAGCUUGCGUCGGAGUCUGUGGUUGAUCACCAUGACGACAACAGCGCCAACACCGACGACGCAGAGGCUGCAGCCAAGGCGGCCACACCAGAGACUGAUACGGUGACGACCAGUGGCGCGCGCGCACUCGAUGGCGCUUUGAGCAAGGAGGGGUCACCCCGGCGCCUCGCAGACACGCACACGGGGCGGGUGGUUGAAGCGUCGAGCAACGGCGAUGUGGUGGAGGUGCGCAUGCGCAAGCCGUCACCGUCGUCCAAGGGUCGCGCGCACGUGAAGCAGCAGCAGCAGAAGAAGAAGCUGAGCCAGGAGGAAGAGGAGUUUGUUGCGAAUCUGCAGCAGCCCGGCCCCGUCAGCACGCAGGACCAGUCGUAUGAGCGCAGGCAGAGCCGCGUCCUCGAGCGGGGCCGAUACUACGAGAAAGCGGACGAGUCACUGCAACGAAAACUCAUUGGCGGCGACUUUGAGAGUCUUGACCGCGUUCGCCCGGGCGGAUCUGUGGAGCAGCUGUGCUCCGUCGCCUUGAAGCCAGAGAACAAAGUUCGCAACAGAUAUCGCGACAUCCUCCCAUACGAUGACACGCGUGUGCUGCUGAAGAGUGGCGACAACAACUACAUCAACGCCAACCACGUCUCCUUCUCCAUCAAGGACAAGGUUUACCGUUACAUCACCUCACAGGGCCCGAAGCGGGAGACAACCGCGCACUUUUGGCAGAUGGUGUGGGAAAACUCUGUGCGCAUCAUCUGCAUGCUGACGACGCUGCGGGAGCGCGGGCAGCCAAAAUGCUUCCAGUACUGGCCAGACGGCCCAAAGUCCUCCCAGCAGUUUGGCGACUUCAAGGUGACGCUGAACAAAGAGGUGAUGCGACCUGGCUAUGUCAUCCGCGACAUUUCUCUGGAAAAGGAUCGCAAGCCCCGCCGCUUGUUCCAGUUCCAAUUUGUCGACUGGCCCGACCACGGUGUGCCCGCGGAGUGCGACACGAUUCUUGCUUACAUCAAGGAGGUUGAGUCGUUCAAGGCGCGGCUGAAGCAGCCCAUGCCGCUGAUGGUGCACUGCAGCGCAGGCAUUGGCCGGUCUGGUGUGUUUAUGGUACUUGAGCUUGGCCUUGCCGCCUUCCAGGACAACCUCCCCGUCAACCUCCACUACAUGCUGACGGAGCUGCGCGCCCAGCGCAUGGGCCUCGUGCAGACAAAGGACCAAUACAAGUUCUGCUACACGACUCUGGCCGCGGUUCGCAGGGAUGAAGGCCCUCACUUCAAGAUCACCCCUUGAUUGGCAGCGUUCGUUGAUCCAGCUUCCGUUGACGUUCACCGCCUCCUUGUGCUUGUGCUUGCUCCGAUGCUCGUUUUUGCUCCUUUGCCGUUUUUGUUGCCCUGCAUGGCACUGUUUCAAUAGAGCCUCCAUGUUUUGUGAAGAUGAUGGUUCGUUUGGCCGUUUGUCCUGUUGUUUUGUUCGCUUGUCCAUCCCCCCCCCCACAUACGGCCCGUCUUGCCGUCUUGCCCUCCCCCUUGCUCUCUACUUCCGUGUGCCUCUGUUUGUUCGGCUGUUAUCCAUCCUCCACCACCGCCGUCCCAUGCUUCCUUCCCCACCAGAAAAGCUGUGCUUGUUGUUCUUCUUUGCUUGUUGUGCGCCUUUGCCAGGUUUUGGCGGGCUGCGAUUAGUAGUGAAUGAUUUUGGUU